AGAGACUGCAGAGUCACAAUUCAAUAUUCCUACCGUAUAUGGCUUCGAAGAUGGCGGUCAUUGUCAACCCUUACAUUGCUCUAGGAUCCGCCGACGAUCGUGAAAAGUACUUGUCCCUGGUCCGGGAAGUCGCACAUGAGACACAGGCAAAUGAGCACGAAUGUCUAGCCUAUUGUUGGACUCGACCAAUCUACACGUCCGAAGAUGCCCCAGAUGGUCCUGUCUUCGUGCAGGGUAUUGAGGUAUACAAAGAUCCUGAGGCUCUUGCAGUCGUCCAUCGGAGCAGCGAGCCAUACCUCAAGAUGCGGGAAGUCAUCACCUCGACUGCACUAAUUACUUUCCCCAAAGGCGGCGUGCCUCUGUUUGAACCGGUUGGAUCGGGAUUUCUGACCAGAACGGGAGCGACUGAGUCAGUCAGUCCGGGGAACGUCUUUAUAUUCGUACAAUAUACUGCCAGGUGCUCUGAGAGCCUUGCCGCCUUCCUGGCCGAGGAAAAGAUACUGUGUAGCGAAAUACAGGAGGCAGAAGCUGUGCAGGCUUUGUGGUGCUUCGUCCCCGAACACAGGGAAGUGGAAAUCCCUAUCACCCUUUUUGUACGAUUACCAGACGCCUCAUUCUAUGACGAGCUGGAGGUUACGUUGCUGUCUUUUGAACGUAAAGCUCUGGCUCUAGAUGGUAUCCGCAAGGCACGUUGGUGGAAAGGUGAAGGAUUUGGAUUUUUCCGACAUGAUGUAAAUAAAUGAAACACCAUGACAUUUACGCAUCCGUUCCAAGCAGUCUUUUUGCUAUCCUGUAUGAAUUCCCCUACGUCCAGG